AUGUGCCGGGCCUGCGCGGCCGCCUUGAAACGCGCGCGCCGCCUCGCCGCCAAGCUCGCGCCGCCCCCCAAGCGUCCGAAACGGGCGUGCAAGCCGCCGCGGAGCGACGAGGACUUCUACGACGACGCCAAGGCUGGUCGUCUCGUGGGCGCCCUUGGAAAAUCCGACAUGUUGACGGGACGGACAAAAAUCUUUUCCCCGGCGCACCGCGAGGCGUUAUCUGAGGCGCACACGGGCGUGCCGCUCUCGCCGGCGCACCGCGCGGCGAUCCGCAAGUGGCACGCGUCGCCCGAGGGCAAGGCCCACGCCAAGGCCCAAUCCGACUUCAUGCUCAAGUUCUACAAGACGCCCGAGGGCAAGGCGCACGCCAAGGCCCAAUCCGACUUCAUGCUCAAGUUCUACAAGACGCCCGAGGGCAAGGCGCACGCCAAGGCCCACUCCAAGGCCCACUCCGACUUCAUGCUCAAGUUCUACAAGACGCCCGAGGGCAAGGCGCACGCCAAGGCCCACUCCGACUUCAUGCUCAAGUACUACAAGACGCCCGAGGGCAAGCGCGCCGCCAAGGCGACCGGGGCGCGCCUCGCCCAGCUGUACAAGGAGAACAUCGAGGCCUGGCGGUACGUCGUGGGCAAGAUCAACGCCAAGUACGAGGCGGCGCCGCUCGGCCAGGGCUCGUGCUCGCUCCAGGAGGGCGACCUCGACAUGCUCGCGCGCCGGCAGCUCGCUACCACCGAGGGCAUGCUCAAGCUGGGAUACAGGCGACUCAACGCCGAGGAGCUCGCGGACCUGCGGCCGAAGAAGGGCGAGCGGGCCGACGCCUACGCGGCGCGCUUCCUCGCGGCCUUCGACGCGCUCGGGGGCCCGGGCGGCGCCAUCAAGACGUCGAACCUGGCCCUCCAGGUGUUCGACCGCGACUACGCGCAGUACGACAAGGCCGACGCGGCGCUGGCCGACGCGCGGCGCCAGAUGGACGUGCUGAAUUUUGGACCCGAUGCUCGCGGGGACGUCGAGCGCUACUUUUGUCAUUUUUGCGCGAGAUGCAAGUACAUGCAGAAGACGGGCGAGAACGUCGAGUGCGGGCGCCUGCCGAUGCCGUAUCCCCCUAUCGGGACCCUCUGCCCCCACCACGAGACGGGGGAGCUGUGCGCGUACCAGCGUCGCUGGGGCGGCGUGAAUGUGAACAUCUGCGUGCUCCUCUCCGACGGCCAGAACAUCUCGUUCUGCUACGACGCCGCGGGCUUCGCGAGCUCCGGCGAGGCCACGCUCCUGUGGGCGCUCUGCGGCGCCUCCGCGCGGUGCCUGUUCCGUCUGGAGGCCGGCGCGACCGACGACGUCGACGUCGACGACAGCGACGACGAGGAAGUCGAGGAGCUCGUCGCAGUCGCCUUGGCGGUUGACGAAACGGUCGCUGAAGCGGUCGCCGACGAGGCCGCCGACGAGGCCGCCGACGAGGCCGCCGACGAGGCCGCCGAGGCCGACGCGGCCCGCGAGGCCGACUCGGCCGACGCUCCGAAAGUCUCCGGCCAGCAGCUCGAGGCGCAGUGCGCCAUGACGAUGUUCAUGCGCGCGUUGCGCGCCGACGCCAAGGGCGCGGAGCUCUCCUCGUUGUUCCUCUUCUUCAAGAAGGAGGACCGCGACGACGACGCGGACGUCCGCGUCGAGCGCGGGCCGGGCCGGCUCGGCUCCGGCCGCGCGUACAAGGACGACAAGCUCGAGUUCGUCAUGGGCCCGAUGCGCGCGUUCGAGCGCCGCUUCGACUUCGGCCCGCACCACGAGAUCAAGAUGGGCAAGCGCCAGAAGGAGGAGCUCGCGAAGACCUGCAGCCGCUUCCUCGACGGCGAGCACAUCAUGCGCCUGCGGCGGGACCUGCGCCGGCAGCACGGCCUGCCCGCGGCGCCCGACGCCGCCCUCGCGGGCCCCGCCAAGGCCGGCCGCGCGGCGCGCCGCGGCGCCGCGGCCGCGCCCGGCGGGUCCCGCGAGCUCCUCGCGAACCACUUCGCGCGGCUCGUCCGCGUCCGCGUGCCAACGGCCGCGCUCGGCGGCGUGCGCCUCGGCAACGAGGCCGCCGUCGCGAAGCGCGUCGUCGUGCUGGACCCGGGCGCCGCGCCGCUGGAGGCGGGCGACCGCCUCGGCGAGGAGCCGCUGCCGUGGCAGACGGCCGCCGCGCCGCUCCUCGCGGGGCUCCGCGACGCCGGCGCGCCCUGGACCGAGUGGUACCUCUGGCGCCCGACGCCCGACGCGGCCUUCGACGCGGCCGAGGUCGCCGUCGCCCUCGAGCCCACGCUCCGCGUCGACCUCGCCAAAUUGGACAUGCUCCCGGACACGCCCGUGCCCGGCCUCAGCGGCCUGCCCGUCGCCCUCGACGUCGUCGACGCGAAGCGCGGCGUCGUCGACGACGACGACUGGCUCCGGUCCGGCGACGUGCUCGUGGGCCUCGACGGCGCGCCGCUCGAGAACGGCGUCGACGCGGCCGCGAUGCUCGCGCACGCGCGCCGCGGCGGCCGCGCGCCCGUCGUCACCGUGCUCCGCGCGCGGGCGCCGUCGGCCCAGUUCUGGAUCCGCGCCAAGUGCGCCCAGGAGCGGUCCAAGGCCCGGUCCGCGGCCUGCUCUAGCUGCAAGAAAUCGAAGCCGUCCGACGCCUUCCUGCAUCCGACGACGUUCAAGGAGGGCAAGACGUGCGCCGAGUGCAUCGAGAAGCGAAGCGUGGCCUCGCGGCGCGCCGCGAACGAGCAGGACAAGAUACAGCUGACCUUGAGCGAGCACGAGGCGAAGCUUGACGACCACGAGUCGCGCAUCCAGCACGUCGAGGCCGCGCGCGUCCUCGACGCGGCGUCGCCGCGCGCGGACCUCGCGGAGUGGAUGCCGCUCAAGGAUCCCUCGGAGCCCGUCGGCCCGGGCGACCUCGUGGAGAUGGUCGACAAGAAGAUUUCGCGCGUCGUCACGGGCCGCGGCCGCUGCUUCGUCGUGAGCACGGCGCCGAUCCUCACGGGCAACGUCCCGGACGACGAGACCCUCGCGACCGGCCGCGCCGUCGCGAUGAUCGGCCAGGUGCCCAUCAAGGUCGUCGGCGCCGUGCGCGAGUCGCAGUGCCUCGCGCCGUCGGGCCGCGAUGACGGCACGGCGGUGGCCACGGACGCGGCCACGGGCAUCUGCAGCAUGGAGACGGUCGCGGCCGCCGGUGAGUCGGUCCGGCUCGUGACCGCGCUCGUCAACGCCGGCUCGCACGCGCUCUCGAAGACCCAGAAGCGCCGCGAGGCCCGCAAGAAGAAAAAGGCCGAAUCCUUCGUCGUCGUCGGCGACGACGACGCCGACGCGACGUCCGACGUGACGACGGACCUCGAGAGCCUCGCGUCGACGCACGCGUGCGUGCAGCAGCUCAUCGACGAGAAGCGCGCGCUCGCGGAGCAGCUCGGCGCGAUCUCGGAGCAGAACCGGGCCUUCGCGCGGCGCAUGCGCGUCCUCCACGUCGACCCGAACAUCCUCCGCCGCGUCGCGCGCGGCUGGCUGGGUCGUGUCCGUGCGGCGCGAAAGCUCGCGGCGAUCACGGCGAUCCAGGCGGUCGCGCGCACGGCGCUCGCCACGGCCCUGCGCCACAAGCUCCUCGGCGCCGUCGUCCGCUUCCAGGAGCGCCUGCGCCUGCGGCGCGCGAGCGCCGUCGUCGUCCAGGCCCUCGCGCGCGGCGUCGUCUGCCGCGCCACGACCGUCGUCGGCAAGCUCCUGCACAAGACGCGCCGCCAGGCCGCAGCGCUCGCCAUGAUGGAGCGCGAGCUCAAAUCCGCCGUCCACGCGAGCCUCUGCCCGGCGACGACGGCGACGCUCGCCGUUCCCGUCGAAGGCGCGUCCGCUUUAUCGUGGCUCACGUCGGCCGUGACGAAGAUCUGCAAGUCCGGCAAGACUUUGGUCGCCACAGCGUUCACCAAGGAUCUCAAGGUCGAGAUCCACGGGGAAAACAUCGUCUGGGGCGCGAAGGAAAUCGAGAAGAAGUCCCACGAGAAGUACUGGUCCGGCAAGAUCAAAGAGGUGCUCGCCGACGGCGACUACAGGGUCGCAAUGGACGAAGUCCUCGGCGAGCUCGCGGAGAAGAUCGACGCGCGCGCGCAGGUGAACAUCAAGGACACGGCCGUCUCGUCCAUCGAGGCCGCGAACCUCGAGGGCGAGGUCGAGACGCAGAUCUCGGACCAGAUCAGCGCCGGCGCGACGUACGAGCAGAACAGCGCCAAGUUCUCGCCCAAGACGCUCUUCACGCGCUGGACGGCCAACACGGCCAAGGGCGGCGACCCCCUCGAGGUCACGGCGACCUACAACGUCGCCUCGAACACGGCCGAGGUCGACGUCGAGUACGAGAAGUCUGGGUCGACGUUCACCGCCAACUUCGACUCCGCCCGCAAGGCGCUCAUCACGGCCGCCGAGGUGUCCCGCGACUUCAGCGUCGAGGGCCGCAACCUCAACGUCGCGCCGGCCUACAACUUCGUCUCCGGCGUCUCGUCGGUCACGUCGAACCUCGCGCUCUCGGACGACACGUCCGUCGAGCUCAAGCUCGACUCCGACGACGUCGGCAACCGCGACGCCCUCACGGGCACGCUCUCCAUCGACCACAACAUCAACGGCAAGAACUCCAUCAAGCCCACCUUCGCGCUCAACUCGGGCUCGGCGACGUACGAGUACACGCGCAAGCUCGACGGCGACGCGGAGCUCUCCGUCGCGGCCAACCCGGGCAAGUCCAUCGAGAUCGAGUGGGACGACGCCGGCUCCAAGGGCCUCUGGACGACCAACGUCAAGAUGCCCUGGGGCAAGCCCGUCGGCGCCUCCGUGAGCGUCAAGGAAGCGGCCCUCCUGUCCAUCGAUGCCAUGAACUUCGAGGGCGAAAUCGAGACGCGCGUCUCGGACCAGAUCGCGGCCGGCGCGACGUACGAUCAGAACGGCGCCAAGUUCAAGCCCAAGACGCUCUUCACGCGCUGGACGGCCAAGGGCGGCGACCCCCUCAAGGUCACGGCGAUUAUCAACGUCGCCGACAACGCGGCCGAGGUCGACGUCGCGUACGAGAAAUUCGGCUCGAAGUUCAGCGCGAACUUCAACUCCGCGUGCGCCCAGCUCAUCACGACCGCCGAUGCGUCCCGCGACUUCACCGUCGAUGGCCGCAAACUCAAGCUCGCGCCGUCCCACGACUUCGCCUCCGGCGUCUCGUCGGUCACGUCGAACCUCGCGCUCUCGCCCGCCACGACCGUCGAGGCCAAGCUCAACUCCAACCUCGGCAACAGCGACGCCCCCACGGGCACGUUGAGCAUCGAUCACACCAUCGACUCCAUCUACUCCAUCAAGCACAGCUUCGCGCUCGACUCGGGCGCGGCGCGUCACGAGUUCAGGCGCAAGCUCGAAGGCGACGCGAAGCUCUCCGUCGCGGCCAGCCCGGGCCAUUCCGUCGAGGUCGAGUGGGACGAGACCGGCUCCAAGAGCCUCUGGACGACCAACGUCAGGAUGCCCUGGGGCCAGUACGACCGCGCGUCCGUGUCCUUCAAGCGCAAGUUCAAAGUCUAG